AUGACAUUGAAUUUAACCAGUAAUGAUUCUCGUCAGGACAACGAUGACUUAAAUAUGGGGCUUGCAACACCUGCAAGAGGAUUUCUGAUAAUUUUAAACAUCACGCUCGCCAUCCUUGGAAACUUUUUCAUCAUUUUGACUUAUUGCCGUAACUUCAAAAUGCGAACGACCACCAAUACUCUUGUGGUAAGCUUGUGUAUCUCCGAUCUGCUCUCUGCCAUAUCAGACGCUCCAUUUUGGAUCGCUGUCCUCGCAAAAGACUUGAUUUAUUCAAAUUUUGUUGUAUGUCGGGUUCUGCUCUCAUUUCAAGACUUGUUCGUGGUGGCUGCUCUACUGAAUAUGUGCGGCAUCGCGCUGGAUCGGUUUAUAAUAUUAGUCAAGGGACUGAGACGAAAAAUGACUCGAAAGCGGGCGCGUAUGAUAGUGUUGUGGUCGUGGUUACAAGCCAUUCUUUCCGCCCUGCCUUGGUGUCUGGUCAGUAGCACAUGUAAAGGGAGAUGUUAUUCGUUCUUCCCUCAUAUUUACGAGCCAGAAAUAACUCCUCGAAUGAUCAACAUUAUGUUCAAAUCAAGCAAUUUAGUUCUGCCAAUUUUAAUCAUUUACUACGUGUUCAUCCGCAUUCUAAACUCCGUCAGAAGCAGCCGGAAAGUAAACUUGGAGAACAGUUACAUUUCGCGAAAUAGUAGCGCCGAGAGGUUUGCCGUGGAUGCCUACAAACGAUCAUCGAAAACUGCUAUAAUCUUAUUUACUAUGUUUUUAUUCUGUACAUUAUCCUAUGUAAGUGUUGCGUUUUACUCCGUUUUCACGGGAAACCCGUUAAUUGAUUUUAGCGCCGGCUUCGUCAUUUAUUUUAUUUUUUCACUUAAGCGAUCGCUUUUUCCUGCAAUAUACAUAUUUAGAAACAGGAUGAUUGUAAGCUAUUUACAAGAAACACUUCGGUGUGGAAUUUGUCUAGGAAGUUCAAGUUCGAACCCACGAAAUUCAUUUGCCUACACAGCUAACAACAAUAGCUCUUGCUUGUCAGCGUUUUGGAGAAGUUCCUGUCGUACUCGGGUUCAUCCUGCUGUUUAUGACGGAGAACACCGCCAGUAUCCAAAACACCUGGAUAUGUAUUUCAUGGGAAGCGUCAGGGACACAAAAUCUAUCAUUGAGGAUCAAUUUGUCAACAUUGUAGCAGUCGAAAGAAGAGAGAAUGAAUUUGAAGUACACAGCGAGGCA